AUGGAGCUUUCUGGAUCAAUUUUGCUGCUGGUGCUGCUUUUGGUUCUGCUGUGGUUACUUUACAACAAAAAGACAGGUCGUCUUCCUCCAGGCCCACUGGGGUUUCCUCUGCUCGGAAACCUGCCGCAACUGGACAAACAUGUUCCUUUUAAGAGCAUGCUUCAGCUGAGUGAAAGGUAUGGCCCAGUGAUGACGCUGCACCUAGGCUGGCAACGCACAGUGGUCCUGGUUGGCCACGAGACUGUCAAAGAGGCUCUGGUGGAUAACGCCAACGAUUUUACAGGCAGAAUGCAGCUGCCGUUCCUCGUCAAAGCCACCCAAGGAUAUGGUUUAGGCCUCAGCAAUGGUGAGACCUGGCGUCAGCUACGACGUUUCACGCUGACGACGCUGCGAGAUUUUGGGAUGGGUCGAACAGGGAUGGAGGCGUGGAUCCAGGAAGAGAGCACACACUUGGUGGCACGAUUUCAGAUGCAGAAAGUUGCCCCCUUUGACCCGUCAUUCCUGCUGAGCUGCUCCGUGUCCAACGUGAUUUGCUGCCUAGUGUUCGGCCAACGUUAUGACUACGAGGAUGCCGACUUCCUGCAGCUGCUGGCCAUCGUUUCUGAAAUGCUCCAGUUUGUGGCCAGCCCUCUGGGGCAGAUGUACAAUAUUUUUCCAUGGCUGACCGAGCGGCUUCCCGGUCGCCAUCACAAGGUGUUCGCCCAAAUAGAGGUGGUGAGAUCUUUCAUCAAGGAAAAAGUCCGGCAGCACCAGGACUCGCUGGUUCCCUCCUUGCCCCGUGACUACAUCGACUGCUUCCUCAACCGUGUCCAACAGGAGAAGCACUGCGACUCCACUGACUUCUUCUACGAGAACCUAGUAGCCACAGUCAUGAAUCUCUUCAUAGCAGGAACCGAAACUAGUAGCUCCACCAUCCGGUAUGCACUUAGUGUGCUCAUCAAAUAUCCUGGAAUACAAGAGAAAAUGCAGCAGGAGAUUGACGCCGUGAUCGGACGAGAGCGCUGCGUCUGCAUGCAGGACAGGAAGUCCAUGCCCUUCACAGAUGCUGUCAUUCACGAGGUGCAACGAUUCUUGGACAUUGUCCCUUUUAGCCUGCCGCACUACACGCUCCGUGACAUCACUUUUCGUGGCUACACCAUUCCAAAGGACACCAUCAUUGUGCCACUGCUGCACUCUGUGCUAAAAGACGAAACGCAGUGGGCGCAUCCUCAAUCCUUCGAUCCACAGCACUUCUUGGACCACAACGGCAACUUUAAGAAGAAUGCGGCAUUCAUUCCUUUUUCUUCAGGAAAACGAUCUUGUGUCGGAGAGUCUUUGGCCCGAAUGGAGCUGUUCAUCUUCUUCGUAUCGCUGUUACAACAUUUCAGCUUCUCCUGCCCGGGAGGUCCAGACAAAGUGGACCUUACUCCAGAGUACAGUAGUUUCGCCAACAUGCCACGAAGACACCUGCUCAUUGCCACGCCACGCUGA